CUCCGUUAUAGCUCCGUGGGUCGAAUAGUGAUCGAAUCCCUGAAGGAAGAUUCCGUGACCUGCGAACAGGUGCUUACGAUUAGGGGUUAGGGAAAUUUCGGAGUCGAGUACGGGUGAGGUUCCAGUUUUAUUAUUAGGGAGUUCAAGAUGCAUCAAAUCUGCGACGCGGACGCGACUAAAAAACAGUUGGAAAUAAUUGGAGACUAGUUUUACUUUGUUUUACUCGUGUCCCUGGCUUUGUUUACCAACAACAAUCCAUAGUUUUUACCCGUGAUGACUGGAAACGAGCUCGUGUAAUUCCCAUUUAUAAGGCCGAAGACAAACGUAAAUGUGAAAAUUAUCGGCCGAUUUCAAUCUUGCCAAUCGUAAGUAGAGUCUUUGAAAGAGAGGUGUUCAAUUAGGUGUAUCGUUAUCUCUCUGAGAAUUCUUUGCUGUCUAGAUUUCAGUCGGGAUUCCGCUCUAAACACUCAACAUUACUGCUCUGAUACAAAUGUUCGAUGACUGGCUACAGAAUAUGGAUAACGGUAAUUUGAAUUGUGUAGUAUUUCUUGAUGUUCGAAAAGCAUUUGAUUCUAUAAAUCACGAAAUACUACUACACAAAAUGCAUGACUAUUUUGGUAUAUCCGGUAUACAACUGAAAUGGUUCGAGUCUUAUUUGAGUAAUAGCGAACAACAAUGUAUGGUUAAUGGCCAGGUCUCGUCACCUAACAAUAUUAUAUGUGGAAUUCCACAGGGCUCAAUUUUAGGGCCCUUAUUGUUUUUAUUGUAUAUAAACUAUAUGCCUAAAUCUUUGAAAUAUGUUACUCCAUCUAUGUAUGCGGAUGAUACAGAAAUUUAUGCAUCCUCCAAACAUUACGAUGAGCUCGUAGCAAACUUAAACUGUGACCUUGAUAAUGUUCGUAAAUGGAUGUUACAAAAUAAGCUCCAAAUUCAUCCAACUAAGACCAAAUAUAUGUACAUUGAAUCCCCUUAUAAUAUAAAAAAUAAAACCUCAAGUAACCCCAUUUUAAUUAACAACAUACCAGUGCCUAGAACUGAAACCUGUACAUGCCUGGGCGUUAACCUGGACGAAAGGCUUACAUGGGAAAAACAUAUUGACGAGAUCUGUGCCAAGGUAGGGGCUGGAAUUGGGGUUAUGAGAAGGAUGAAGCCCUUCGUUCCUCUAGAAACACUAAAACUAACUUACAAUGCCAUUGUGCAACCGUAUUUUAAUCACUGCAGUCCCCUUUGGGACAACUGUGGAAUUGGUCUCAAGGAUAAGCUUCAAAAAUUCCAAAAUCGCGCUGCGAGAGUGAUAUCUGGGUCCACCUACGAUACUCGAUCAGUUCAUGUGCUUAAUACGCUAUGUUGGGAAACUCUGGAUCAAAAACGUAACUACACAAAAUCGAUCUUUAUGUAUAAGAUAAUUAAUGGUCAUGCCGCCCCCAAUCUAAAACAAUCCUUCCGAUUGCACCGUGAAGGUGAUACCUUGCAUGACCUUAGAAAUUGUGCCAUACCUAAUUUUAGUGUGUAAUGCGGAUAACCAAUUUGUGCAGUGAUAAAAGUAAAAUGUGCAGUGAUAAAAUGUAAAAUGUGCAGUGAUAAGAUUUGCUUUGAUAAGUUGUAAUUAACACAAGAAAAUGAGACAAUGUCAAUGAGCAGAAAAACUGAACUAAUCCGGCGAAACAUUUUGAAUGAGUAUGAUUUAAAUGAAAUUGAAAUGAUGACUGCCAAAUUGUCGAACGUCCGCACUAAUAACAUACUUAUGGUUUAUCAAAAGAACAAAGUCUCUCACCAAAGAUCUCUUCAUGGGUUUGGAAGAUGGAGUGAAUGAUACUUAAGAUUUUAUAAUUACUGUAUAAUUUUCAGAAUUCUAUAGAAUGUCCCGCGCAUUGCAGGAGAUGCCCUUUUAUAGUGCCUAGAUUACAAAAUUGUCUGUGGGUGCAUGUCCCUGGAACUACUCUAGAGAUUUGUCACACCAAAGCCCGUAAGCCGCCUUUCAUUUGCCAAGAGGAAAAUAUUUAUUUUCUUCAGUCAUGUUAUUAUGAAACUAAGCUGUCAUAGAUAGUCGUAACUGCAGGUGCUGUCAAGGCCGCCCAGAGGGGUGCAAUUUGCCCUGGGACCGGAGUUAAAGGGAGGCCCAAAUAAAGAAUUGCAGUGAAACACUGAAAUGUACCACAUAGAUAUAACUGUCAACUAGACUUCCAGAAUGCAGGAUUUGGCCAUUUCUGGGACCUCAUGUUAGAACAUGGAAUCACGAGAGCCCCCAAGUCAAAGUUUGUCCUGGGCCCCCAAAUUUCCCUGAUUGCUUUGCAGUGUAUGUUCGUUUUGGCAUUUUUGAAUAUAAAUUGUAGCCUGCUCUGUUGUUACACAUUUUAAGGGUGUGUUCAGAAUUUUCAAGGCGUGCUUCUGCUCGGCUAAACUUUGCACAAAAUUAAAAUGUGCAGUGAUAAAAAAUUCUUAAAAUUAGGUAUGAAUCGUGCUACCGACUUGGCACUUCCAAAACCUAAAAGAGAAUUCGGUAAAAGGAGUUUUAAAUACAAUGGAGCUAUCCAUUGGAAUAAUUUACCUAUUAAAGCAAAAAAUGCAAAUACCAUUACCACAUUUAAAAGGAUUUUAAACUCGCAGCGAGUUGAAGCUGACUCACCUUGAUAAACGAUUAUUUUAAAAUAGUUUAGUUUCAAUGUAUUUUUCUGUAUUUGAUAAUCCUUCUGAGUAGUCCUUGUAUUAAUCUGUAAUUCGUCUUAGUAAUUUGUGACUGUAUUUUAUUUUGUACUUGUAAGUAAUAUCUUUAAUGUCUAUCAUAAUUUGUAAGUAGCUUCAGUUUAUGUAUUUUGCAAUACACGCCCCUCAUGAAAACCAGCGAACGCUGAUGAGGCUAGCGUGACUAAAUAAAUGAUUAUGUAUGUAUGUGAAGUGAAACUGUGAUAAUAGCGGUAGUUUCUUGUCACGUCCGCGUCGUAGAUUUGGUGUAUGCUCCCUAUUAUGUGAAACAACCGCUGGCUAUGCAAAUGCAUGAUCAAACCAAAUACACAGCAAAAAACGCCGAGACCGUUGCUCAACAGGACUGAACAAUGUUUUGCUGCCCACGUUGUUCACACUUGUCAACAAUAUUGAACAAUGCUGUUGAGCCUGAAUCGGGUGUAACAAUAUUGUUCAAUAUUGUUGACAGCUAUGAACAAUGUGGGCAGCAGAACAUUGUUCAAUCCUGUUUUCAUCAGUAUUGCAUCAACCUGAGCGUUUUUUGCCGUGUAGGCAAAGCUCUUAUUUUUUUAUUUUUAUAUUUAAUAAAAUGACUUUGAUGCAGAGGCGUAGCCACUAGCCAGGGCUGGGGGCCCCGCCCCUCCCCCCCCCCUGGCAAAAUGUUGGGCCCCCUCUGAUAAAAUGUAUUGUAUAAAAAAGGGAAUUCUUGAUUAUAUAUAUAGCUUCAUGCUGUCAUGCAAUAAUGCAAAAAUUCUGUAGAAUACAUGCUUUGCUGCGCAUCAGUGUGAAAUCUAAAAUCUUGUUCGCUUAUUUGCGGCCGACACAGCUUAUUGAAACACAUACCUUUUAUAACCCUAAUUAUUUCAAUAUGUAUUAAAUGAGGGUUAGAUGAAGUUUAAACAAAUCUGGUUUUCACAUGUGCAGUGGUGCCGUGGCCAGGGGAUAAUGCCCCCCCCCCCCCUAUUGUUGAGACCCGUCGGAAAAUUGUCAAUGUUGUCGGAAUCUUCGUGGUGAAGCAUCGGAAAAAGUGCUAUGGAAAUCGAAAAAAGUGCUACGAAAGCAAUUGUAAUGUUAUUGUCCGGAAAAAUUUUUUACCAAAAAAGUUGGUGACGGGAAGGGGGAAAUUUUAAAAUGUCGUUGUCCGGAAAAUUUUUCCUUGGCCCCACCUGGGUUUUUGCUGCCCCUCCCCCUGACCAAAAAUUCUAGCUACGCCUCUGCUUUGAUGACUGUCUUAAACUUAAAUUGUUUGUUUCAAUGAGUUAUUUUUAUGAGCGAAAACGUUGUCAAAAGAGGCAGUAGAGGUAUUAAAACAGAUUGAGUAACAUUUGUGUUUUGUUUGGCAACUCAGCGUGAAUUUUCUUUGUCAUUUACAAAAACCACAACCCGGCUCUAUUUUGCUUUCUUCUCAGUCAAAUAUCGCGUCUUUUAAAUAAAUUUAAUUAAAAUCUAAAACUGACUCCAACAGAACACCAGCAUCCAAAUUUUUAUUGAAAUUUCUUCUAUUUUUACUCGGAAAAUAAUUAAAGGAAAAUAUACACGUUCAGUGGACCGCGCAAGUAAGAGGACUGAAUCUGACGCACAUAUAGAAAAAUCAACACUGCGGACAAACGUCCGCGAAAGACUGGCAAUAGUAUUGUCUUCACGGAGAUCAAGCAAAAAGUUUAAAGAAAAUUACGAGAGUUUAAACUCAGCAAAACAUUGUCUUGACACAAGAAAAAAGCGGUGAAUUAAGAUCCCUACCUUAUAGCUUCCACCGUUUCCUUAUAGUAAAUGCUGUACUUUUUCUGUAUUUAACUCUUAUUAUUUUGGCAGACAUUUUCCCCACCAUUUCCGUCUACUCGCGCAUGAGCUUUAGUUUACGUUUGACCGCGGUGUGUUGGAAAAAACAGAAAUUGAUUACUCUUGCAUCACCUGAUAACUGAGGCACUGAGCACUUGUUGAUCGUUUUCUUGUAGAUAUUCUGACAAUCAAAGAGCUCAAGAUGCGAUCAACAUUACGUUGUUUCAUUGGGGAAUCCACGGUUGGAUCGUUUAUGCUGUUGUUGGCUUGCUGAUGGCAUUUAUUGCAUACAGAAAGGGACUUCCCAUGACAAUACGUUCCUGUUUCUAUCCUCUCAUUGGUGAUAGAAUCUAUGGCUGGAUGGGUGACCUUAUUGACUCGCUCUCGGUUAUUGCCACCAUGUUUGGAGUAUGCACUAGUCUCGGUAUUGGCGUUAUUACAAUCAACUCAGCAUUGAAUCGUAUCAAUUCAGAUAUUGAAGAGAACACGGACAAUCAGAUUAUUUGCAUUUGGAUAAUCACAGCAAUUGCAACAGUCUCAGUCGUGUCUGGCCUAAAAAUUGGUAUCAAAUAUCUCAGCCAAAUUUGCUUCACCCUCGGUAUGUUUCUAAUGACGUUCGUCUUCUUUUAUGAUGACACUUGGUUCCUGCUGAAUGUCUAUGUUCAAAGUAUCGGGUAUUACCUCCAGUAUAUCAUUCAACUUGGAUUUCAUACAGAUGCGUUCGCACAGCUCGGAAAUGCUCCGGAUGGAAAACAAGCCCCAAAUUGGAUGGAUGGCUGGACAAUCUUUUACUGGGGUUGGUGGAUUGCUUGGUCACCAUUCGUUGGUAUGUUUAUCGCAAAAAUCUCCCGUGGAAGAACGGUUAGGAAUUUUAUCAACGCCACUCUCACUGCUCCCAUCUUUUACACCUUUCUCUGGUUUUGCAUCUUCGGAGGAGCUGGUCUACGAAUGGAACGUGAUGCUGCUUUAAAAGGGAUCAACUGUUCUUCAGUGUUGGGAGGAACAAAUGCAACCGAAGGUCUUGAUAAACUCUACAGACUUUCAUGCAGAAAGCAAACACAGAUGUAUUUCGACGUCCUUGACCAAUAUGGCGAAAAUCUAAGUGGCUUUCUUCGCGUUGUAUCAUUAAUUGCAAUGGUCCUUUACUUUGUGACAAGUUCGGACAGUGGUUCGUUGAUUAUUGAUUGUCUUUCAGCUAAUGGCAGUCCGGAGCCCCCAGUACUUCAACGUAUCUUCUGGGCAUUAACUGAAGGAGCUUGUGCCACAGCUCUUCUCUACACUGGUGGAUCAAAGGCGCUCACUGCUCUACAGACUGUCUCUAUUGCUGGUGGGUUGGUCUACACGAUUAUUCUGAAUUUCAUGUGCGUGUCUCUUUGGAGAGUUAUGAAAGAGGAAGCAGGAGAUAACGACCCCGAUGCUCGUCACUUUCCCAGCAGCAUUUAUGCUUUCUUCGACUUCGGGUCAAGCGAUAAAUUCAUCAACGUGAUCGUCACCACAUUUGCACCCUGGUGGCUGGCCGGCAAAGCAGCUGGUAAAGUCUAUGGCCAAAAUCCAUGGCCACACAUGCUUGUCCUUGGCUCGUUGUUCUACGGUUGGAUCGCAUUGCUUAUCUUGGAAGUUCUGGAAGACGGUCUCUCGUAUAUUGGUUGGGUUAUUCUCUGUGGAUUCUUUGCCUAUGUCACUGGAAUACGAAUCCACGUUCGUGCACGUUACGGAAUCAGUGGUACAAUGAGCGAAGAUGCAAUUGCUGUGGUAUUCCUGUAUCCGCUUGCCAUUGAUCAGAUCUACGAAGCAGUGCUACUGGAUGGCAACUAUUCUGGAGGAAAAAGACCGCAGCCGACACCCGUUGAUAUUGGUUUGGAUAAUAUGGGCGAAAAAAAUUACGAUUCUAGCAACGGACACACUAAGGCGGGCGAGAGUCAGAACACUCCGUUUUAAAUAUUCUUUAAUAUUUAUCUAUAUAAUUUUUCACUAGCUUUUUAUAAUACAUCGUUAGACCCUGCACUUAGAUAGAGCUGAUGCGAAAGGUACCAUGGGGAAUGGCGCGCGGCAUACAAACCACUAUACUGAAGUUGCCUAAACGUAUAAAAUAUUUCGACAGUUCUCUUCAAAAUGAUUGAUAUUGGCACGAUUUGAUAGUUUAGCAUCAUAUUUUUAUUAAUAUGAUUUAAAUUAGAGCCAUUGUCUAUUAAAUACUUAUAAUUUGUUAUUGAUAGGCGUGGUUGAUUUAAACGAAGACAAAUUUGCAGUUGUAUUUUGGGGUCACAAAUCACUACAAAAAUAAAUGCAGUCAAACUUUGAUUUCACCUCUAUUUUUACAAAGUAAACCGAUCAAUAUCGGUUAUUUCAGUGCAAAGCAAAACAAUUUUAAAACAGCUCAUUUCAAAUUUUAGAGCUAUCCACUUUAUUCCGAUUUAGAAUUGUCCCCAACAUUAUUGCAUUGACAAAGUAACAAAUGCUCAAAUCAGAAUGUCGUUAUCGUAUCAACCUGAGUCGAUAUAUUGCCGAACUAUUUAUUCAUGCAACAAAUGUCACAACUGCAUACAUGCCGCGAAAUUUCAUAUCUUGUAAGAAAUCGAAUAGUCCUUGCAAGAAAUAUGGAACAAAAUCCCCUGCAUAGCACUAUAUUCGCGUCCACCCAUGGUCAUGCAUACCGUACUUUUCGUAAUGGUUCUCAUUUGCAGUAUACUAUAUAUACACCGUAUACGAGGCAUCAAUUGCAGUAGUAUAUAUAUAAAAAUUUUAUACACAAUCCUGACAUAACAUUUGUAUACAUUCAUGUACAUUAUAACAAACUGAUUGAAUUAUGUGAUUUCCGCAUCUGUGCAGUGUUCAUUCGUUCUGCACGUUCACCAUUCGCAGUUGUUUUUGGUUCAGUUUGUGACUGACUCGUACCAUGCUGCAUAUAGGCGAUUGAGAGGAAUGGACUAUAGAAACGCCAUUAUUAAUUCUGUGUUAAUUUGAAACUCAAAAAUUACCUUAAAGUUCCAUACAGUGCAAGGUCGUUUUGUCUGCCGGCUUUGUUGUACGUCUACUAUAUAUGUACAAUAAUAGUCCAGGGUCUUUUUAGUUACAGGGUUGGUACUGACAGGUUGCAAGCCACCGUGGAUUUCGCGAAUGCUGACAGGUUAUUGCAUUGACAAUUAUCAGUCCAUUCCUCUCAUGCAAUUAUGUAUCUCGUACCCAGUCGUUUUAAUUUUAUAUUAUUAUAAUACAUAUAAAUCAGUGGACUGAGUUUUUAGACGCAACAUUUAAUAUCAAUUUUAGAAAAAUGUAAUUGUAAAAUCAUGAAUAAUAAACUAAAAAUCAAUCAUGGGGGUGUUAUUUAUAAUAGGUCUAAUACAUGAAAUACACGUAAAAUAAACUUAAGAAUACUGAGGAUUUGUAGAAAAUGAAAGUUUAAAAGAAUACUACUGCGAUUAACAGGUGGAAUCAUCUGUAUAAUUGUUCACUUGACAAAUACGACAAGAAUCACGACAAAACUAAAGAUCAAGGCAUGAAACAAUAAUAGCUCGCGCUAUGCGAUCGCCACUGUCAUUAGGGACCUUGAGCACGUGGGAUGGCAAUGCGACGACGACGACGGGUCGGCAAACUGAUACUCGUUUAGCCAAAUAACUGUAAUGAAAACCUGUCGACAGCCAUCUAUUAUCCAUCGUAUGAAAUUAAUUCAGUUUAAGGAUCAAUGUUAAGACCAGGGUCAGGAGUUUAUGGUUGAGAGAAGUUGUACAACUAAAUUAAAGUUACAGUUGUCGCAGCUUGAAAUAUAUGUUAUAAGACGUGACGUGAUAAUCUAUGUCAGACUGUGACUUGCCGUUGCAAACAAAGGGAGGAUGACGUCUAAAAUCCCGCAAAGUUUUCAUCAUUUAUUUCAUUGCUAUAAUAUUUAUGAAUUUAAGGUGGCUCCCUACAAUUUUUGAAAUAUGACAAAAUCGUGAUUUAGAUUUAAUUUUUUGAAGAGAGGUUUCUUGUUAGAAGACAAAAAUUGUACCACAUAUAUUCAGCAAUCUUCUAAAAGUUGAAAAUUGUUCACAAAAAUGACGUCAUUACCGUUGCUAUGGUAACAAUGACGUUUCAAUAUAGCCAACAUUUUACCUUUUGACCAGGGGCGUAAGAACCGGGGGGGCCAGGGGGGCCAUGGCCCCCCCAAGUUUUGGCAAGUGCCCUUUUUACAGGAGCAAAGUGCCCUUUUUGUGCCUGAAAAAAUUUCAUAAAAUUCGCAGUUUUUGUCCAAACGAAACUUUUGAAAACUGUAAUGUAGGUUUUUUCCCGAAAAAUGUUUUAGUUUCCGAUAAAAAUAUCAUAUAUUUGUUUUUCCGGAAAAAAUAUUUAGUAUUUAAGGAAAAAUAUGGUAUGUCCGGAAAAUUUUUUUACCCCUAAAAUGGUACACUGACCGAAUUUUUUUUGGCGACGGGGUGGGGGUCGCCAAAAAUUUUUUUGAGAUGCCCUUUUUUUUUUGAAAGUGCCCCUCAAAGCCUGCCCCCCCCCAACUUUUCUAAGCUUCCUACGCCCCUGCUUUUGACACAUUUUACUCGAAAAAAAGGCCGGUUACCCGUUUUCAUGUAGAAAAAUGAAUGAUGUGAACAAGUUUAAAAAAAUUCUGUAGAUCCAAAAAAUAUUUUAUCACGAAAAACGAUCACAUUUUUUAAUUUUUUAAAAAUUCAGAUCUACAGAAUUUUUUUAAACUUGUUCACAUCAUUCAUUUUUCUACAUGAAAACGUUUCAUGAAAUAAAAAAUGGGGGUAACCGGCCUUUUUUCGAGUAAAAUGUGUCAAAAGGUAAAAUGUUGGCCACUGAUAUUGAAACGUCAUUGUUACCAUAGCAACGGUAAUGACAUCAUUUUUGUGAACAAUCUUAGAAGAUUGCUGAAUAUAGUCGGGCAGAUAGAAGGAAAAAAUUUACGUUAUCGUGGGACAAUUCCAUUUUGCCUUCAUAGUGUGCCUUGAAGGCUAGUUAGUACGUUUCUGUAUGUUGGCCGCGUUGAAAUUUCUUGUGGGCUCUGCCGACACGUUUUUGGUCGAAUGUUGUAUUGAACUCUAUCACAGUAAAAAAAUGUGAAAUUUCAAAUACAUUUCUAACACAAAUGACUUACAGCAUUUGAAAGCUUGCAAGUUCUUCUUGAGUUAUGAGCUGUUGAAUGCGUGUUUUCAGACUAGUGCCCAGGAAUUUUGUGAGAUUUUGGCUUAUUCUUACAUUUGAAACGGCAAUAACUUGAAAACCGCUUGAAAAUCCCAACUAACCAUUUAAAUGUUUCAUAUGUAGUUUUUUGUUAGCGCUCUAUUGAUGCAAGUAAUUUGUAUUAGAAAUGUAUCAGAAAUUUCACAUUCUUUAACUGUAAAAAACGUAUCGGCAGGAGCCUACAAGAAAUUUUAACGCGGCCAACAUACAGAAACGUACUUAUUAGCCUUCAGGGCACAAUAUGAAGGCAAAAUGGAAUUAUCCCACGAUAUGGUAAAUUUUCCAUAAUUUUGGUCCUCUAUCUGCCUGACUAAUAUAUGUGGUACAAUUUUUGUUUUCUAACAAGAAACCUCUCUUCAAAAAAUUAAAUCUAAAUCACGAUUUUGUCAUAUUUCAAAAAUUGUAGGGAGCAACCUUAAUUGUAUUAAUAGCAUUUUCGUCUUGCUUUCUAAGGUAGACUAACGAUAGUUAAUAAUUUGUCGUUAACUAAAAGUAUAAAUUUAAUACGUUUAAGCCUUCAGCUUAUAUGUUCGCUAAUCGACCGUUUGUAUUUAAUCUAUUACUUUAAUCCGUUCGCUCUAUAGAUUGACUCUUUGACUAUUUAGAAUGCUGAUCAAAUUAUAUAUAGCAGCAAUAAAAAAUUAACAUUUCAUUCUUUAUCACAUCGUUGUCUCACGACGGGCACCAAAAUUUGUGCAAGUCAUGCCAUCCUUCAAGAUGAAUGUUGCGGGUGCAUCUUCCUGCUCCAGCUCCAUGUCGGCUCCAAGAUCAUUUCCGAAGUCGUUACGGGAAAACCUUUCAAUAACUGCUGCACCAAUCCCAUCCCCAGUGAUGUUGCACACAGUACGGAACCGAUCUCUGAGAAAUAACACUUAUUUGAAUUAGUAUUGAAUAUAUAGGUAUAAUAGCCAACCUCAUACGUAUACCCAUGCAGAGCUUCUAGCUGCUGUCGUGCACGACUAUUAUCCCCACCACAGAUUAAGCCGUGUAUAUAUAUACCAGAUGUGUAACUUUAAAAAACACGAACUUUUGCAUUUUAUUGCGGCUUUUUCGGAUCGAAAUUUAUGGAUUAAACAAUCAAGAGCAUCAUUUGUUGAAUGUUUAAAUUUAAAGUUGUCGAAAGCAAUUAAGUUGUAGAAAAAGUGUUAAAAGCAUUUUGACAUUAUGACAUUUGACAUUUUGACGUAUUACCAAAUGACGAAAAAUCGCGCGAGCGACUCUUACUAGGACGAUGGCGACCAAUGUGACAACUUUUUUACUGACGUUACACAUCUGUUCAUACUCUAUGUCCCUACCUGGGAUGGUUUAUCUCAGAAGGCGAUUUGAUUGGUCAAUGGGCCAGGAAUUAAAGCAAGCCCUCUUUGCGUAUUCUAUCAUGCAUGCGGUUUUGUAUUGGAAUAUAGGAUGAUAAGUUGGUAUAUCUAAAUCUUUCAAAUACAGUGAACCAGCAGAUGAAAGGGGUCAUCUUAAUUUGUCCGUGGAAGUAAUUUUAGGUCUUGCUGCUCUGAACAGUAAUCUGUUAUUUGUUAUUAAAAAAGCUGUUAGACGAGGAGGUUAGGUUAAUGUUAAAUACCGGGCCAGUUCAAAAUAUCGUUUCCUUCACGGUCAAAUUAUAUCUGCAUGGCUAUUAAAUAAUAGUAAUGACAAUCAAAUUUGUCUGCCUUUAGCCUCUUCUCAGGCCGAAAUUUCAAACAAAGCGGCGCUGGCAGUUGCUCUCCCCAUGCAUGCACCUCACCGAAAUUUUCACCACUGACUAGCUUGUAUAUACAAAGAGGAUAUUUCAGAAAUCGUUAUUCAAUAAUUGGGAUAGUUCUAUGCAACAUUUUUACUAUUUUAAUAUGCUGUAGCCUGUAUAUUCAAAUCUGUCUUUGUGCAUGCACCUCGGCAGCUACAUCGGUAUCUACAUGCAACCUACCGUACUAUCUCACAUAUUAAAACCAGAUGUGCAAGUGCACUAUUUAUACAUUUGAAGUAGAACUGUAUACAAUCUAUAAUUAAUAACAAAUACUGUAGACCAAACCAAGUAUAUAAUUAAAGCACUGGAGAUAUAUCUUUCAUUUCUGCUUUGUAUGUACAGUAUUAUGUUACUCUUUGCCAAAAUGCCAAGGUUAUAUAAUAAAGUGCUAACCACAUCUCAUCAACUUCCUAUAUAUCACCCCCAAGCAAUUCUGUUUCUGGCUUCUGCCCUUUACCGGUGGAGCGAACGCCUUGAGCAGGCGUCUUGUUUUACAAAAAAAAUGUCUUUUGUCUGAUAUACAUGCAGUCGGGAUUUAGACCCCUUCAUUCAACGUUAACAGCUAUAUGCUUGAUGCCACUGAUAAAUGGUACACAAAUAUGGACAGUGGGUUAAUUAAUGCUAUCUUAUUCAUUGAUUUGAAAAAGGCUUUUGAUACCAUUAUUAAUUGAUCAUAACAUUUUGCUACAGAAGAAUUAAGUAACUUGUUUAAUAAUAUAAAACUAUUGAUCUUUUUAGAAACUAUCUUUCUGAUCGUACUCAAAUAAUAUUAACAACAUUCGGUCUGAUACUCGUAAAGUAACACGUGGUGUUCCCCAGGGGUCUAUCCUAGGUCCACUACUGUUCUUAAUAUAUAUAAACGACCUACCUAAUAAAGUGAAUUGGUAUCAGAUGGGCGUUUAUUCGCUGAUGAUACCAAUUUGACAUUUGCGGACAGCGACCCAGACAAGUUAAUCUCUGUUCUAAAUGAUGAUCUUAAAACUCUCCAAAACUGGCUUAAGGUGCUCGAUAUAGUUAUCACAAAAACCCUGCUCAAGAAUCGCGAACUCAAAACCAGGUAACCAUUUUUACGCGCGGGUCGCGGAAACUGAUUAACAAAAUGAAAGAACUUCCAAAAUGACCUGACGUGAGCAGUUGCUUGCGCCAUAUCACGCCAUUGCGUGUGUUCUAUAGCGUUUUAUGACAAUUGCUGACGUCAUUAGAAUUUUCCAUUUUAGAAAAACAAUGCGCUAUAUCUCUUUAUUUUGUCUGGUGACCUAUGUUCAAAUUUUGCAUGCUGUAUUGCACCGCUAAAAACUUUCAUUAUACAAAAAAUAAAAAAAUUCUGUAAUGCCAAAAAAAUGUUAUUGAAGAAUAUGACAUUUUCGCAUUUUCCAAAAAAAUGGCAUUACAGAAAUUUUUUAUAUUUUGCUAAUUGUUAGCUUUUCGUCCAAGUAAAAUAAUGCACGAAAAAAAAUUGGGGGUCACCAUGCUUCUUUUCCAACUAUACGAGACGAUAGGCCAUUUUGGAGUGAAUUUCGUACACGUAUGUCGUCAUAGCAACGAACUAUCUGUUACUAAAACUAAUAUAAUUUGAAAGUAAAGUUAUCAAAAUAUAUAAAAAAAACAAUAUCUGUUGAAUAAAUCCUAAAAAUACGUAGUUUGAACAUGUCAAAGUGUUAAACACCUGAAUUUUCGAAAAGUGUAUCGAGCCACCUUGGACGAGAGUUUGACAUGGGAGUAUCAUGUGUUUUCUAUAAUCUCCAAAGUCUGCAAGGUGAUUGGAGUUUUACGAAGACUAAAACCAUUACUUCCACAGUCGACUCUUGUCUUGAUUUACAACUCUUCAAUACACAGCCACACUUUGAUUAUUGUAGCAUUAUUUGGGAUAGCUUAGGCAAGAGUCUUGGACAAAAGCUACAGCGUUUACAGAAUAGGGCUGCAAGAAUUAUUACUGGAUCUGAUUACAACAUUCGGACCUCAGAUAUCUUAACAUUAUUGAAUUGGACCAACCUUGAAACCAGACACACUAUUUCAUACCAAUGAAUGAAUAUUACAUGGUUCCUAUAGUUACUUGUCAAGAAAAUUUACUCCAACUUCUAUGAUACACGAACACUUUGCGAGGCUCUAAUCAUAAACUUUUUGUUGCAAGACCCUUAACUGAAUCCUUAAAGAAAAGCUUUACUUAUAGAGGGCCUAUACUCUAUGGAACGACAUACCCGUCGAACUCGCUAGAGCUCAAUCUCUCGCUGAGUUUAAAUAUAAAAUUUCUUAAUAAUUGUAUAAUAUUAGUUUGAAAAUUCUUUGCAUAUAUGUAGUCUGAAACUCUUGUAAAUAUUUUGAUAUUUAUUUUUUUAGAAAUUAGUUUACUAUAUAGCAUAUAUAAGGUACACGUCUUCAUUGAAAAGCACAUAUUUUAACUUGUGAAAUGGAUCUCGUGUUUUAAAUAAAGAUGUCAAUCAAUCAAAUCACUCAUUGUUGGAUAUAAGAAUAUCUAAACUUGGGAAUGCAACUAUAUGCAGUCAUAAGUACAACGUUCGGGACAGCAUAUAUACUUUGGGAAUUUUAAUAAUAAUAAUAAUAAUAAUAGUCUUUAUUAAAAUACUCAGAUACAUCCGUCUGAGUUUACAAUCGAAAGAUAAUUGAUCUAGAUAGUUAUAUUUACAAUGUAAGUUAAGAAGCGUAAACAGUUUUAAAAAGUUUUAAAUACAUUAAAGUCUAAACAAAGUUAUACAGACAACGAUUUAUGAACGACCUUUUGAAUCUUUCUGUUCUCACUAGGGGGAGUUCAUACUCAUGCCCUCUAGGCCUAAGUAACCUACUUCUUUUUUCCGGCAGCAGUUCAAGCAAUGCAUUGUCCUCAGUUGAUGUUAUUUUGUUCCACAGUUUCAUAUCUCUCUUAUCACGUAUUUCUUUAAUGUGUGUUCGUUUUGAUAUAUAACCAUUCUUAUGUGCACGUUUAAUGAAUUUAUCUAUUUGGUUCAAAUAUUUACCGUCAUAUGCACAACCCCACAGCUCAAUAGCAAAAGUGAAUAUCGACAUAAUUAGGCUAUCAAACAGCAGAUCUAAUUGUUUAAUUGAUAGGCCAUAGUAUUUGCAAACUCUCAUAAUAUACAUUUGUCCACUUGCUUUUUUGAGCAUUUCUUCGAAGUGCAAAUCCCAGUUGCACGGAUUAUCUUGUAGAGUAACUCCUAAAAGCGUUAGCCAUGUUUUUCGCUUAAUUGAAGGGAUAAGCUCAGGCAAAACUACAGAGGUGUGUCUUCGAACAACCAUUUCGUACGUUUUUUCCAAGUUUAAGGGCAUUCUAUUCUCUUCCGCCCAAUCCUGUAAACAGGCAGUUUCAGAUCGAGAUGUGUCACCACUUUCGUUGCCAGGCACUCCUGACGUCAAAUCGUCAGCAAAUUUGACUAACGCAUUACUAGGAUCAGCAGUUUUAAUAUCAUCAACCAUUAUUGAGAAAAGAACUGGGCCUAAAACGGUACCACGAUUAAUAUAUAAAUAUUCUGUAACAAUUCCAUCAACCAUUACUCUUUGUAUUCUAUUUUCUAGAAAGCUAAUUAUCCAGUUCACCACAUACGAAUUAAUUAGCUUUUAACUUUUUCAAACAAAAGAUCGUGGGGCACACUGUCAAAUGCUUUGCUGAAAUCGAAGGACAGCACUCUAACAUAAUUAGCGUUUUUAUCCAGCCACUCUAGCCAUUGAUGUUGGGAUUUAAUCAGGGCUAUAGUCGAGUUGUGACCCUUUUUAUAAGCAAAUUGGUCAGGACCAAUGUUAUUUCUUGUGAUAGGUGCGAUUUCAGAUUUAUACACGCACUUCUCGAAUAGUCUCAUGAUGAUGUCCGUCAGAGAGAUUGGUCUUAACUAGUUGCACGAAUUUAAUGGUGAUUCUUUAGGGAGUGGUAAUAAAUUAGCGGAUUUCCAUUUCUGAGGUACUUUGCUGGUUUUUAGUGACAUGUUAAAAAUUUCUGUGACAAUAGGAGCUAAUUCAAUAGCAAACGAUUUCCAAAACCAAUAUGGCAGAUUGUCCGGACCCGAUGAAGAGCGUUUUUGAUUCAGUAAAAGAUGUUGAACUUCAUGAAUUGACAACGAACGAAUUCUUGUUCCUUCGGAGAUUCGUAGAGGCUCGGGAGUCGUAUAAUUUGGGUCUGUAUUCACACUUUGAAAAUAUUUGUUAAUUUCACGAGGGUUAAGAGAAGCACUUACAGAUACAUCAUGUUUCUUUUUUCUCGAGGUAAUGCUAUUUACGUUAGACCACCAACUUUUCGAUCCAGUUUUCUGGUUUCCAAACUCCUGUUUGACUGCACUUAAUUGAUUUUCCCGAAUUAACUUGUUGAUUUUUUCUUGCAAUCGUGUAUUUGCUUCAGUGUUUCCUUUUUGUAUGGCUCUUUUCCUUUGAUUCAGAAGGUGGUUCACAAGAGGAGACAUGAACGGAGGGUCGCGUGAUGACGUUCUGACCUUAAUUAAUGGGAAGCUCUUAUCGAAUUUUGGCCAUAUUAUUUCAUAAAAUUUUAGGAUUAUCUCAUCUAGGUUAUGACUAUUCGUAAUUAUCGUGUUCCAAUCAAUAGAUUCAAGUUCGCGAAGCAUAUUCAAUUGAUGACGUUGUCUCACAUCUCUGAAAUAGGAAUUUGCUUUAACUAUGUUUCGGGGGUAUGUGAUAACCAUAUCAUGGUCGGAUCUCACCAAGCUUUUUACAACUUUAACAGAUUUCCAAUAGUUUGGGACAUUUGUAAUAAAGACAUCUAAUAUUUUUAGCCCUCUCGUAGGGGUCUUAACGAGUUGGGUAAAUGGAAGUUGAUUAAGAACAGAUCGAAUAUUUAAAUUGUUAAUGUCACCAGCAAUUAUUAUAUUUGAAUUCGGUUUAGAUAACAAUAGUUGUUCGCACGAGUCAAUAAGGAAUUCGAUAAGGUCUUGCUCAUUAUACUCAUAGUCAGGUGGGUGGUAAAUAGUUGCAACAAAGAAUUCAGAGUUUUGUGUAAUAAUUUUUGUCCAUAAACAUUCGAAUGGAUUAUCCAAAUCAGGUAGUAGCUGCAUUCUCCAAUCAUUCCUGCAUAAGAUAGCGACACCUCCUCCUCGACAGUUUGUUCUAUCCUUUCUAAUGAUGGAAAAAUUGGGAGGACAAAGGAGGGAGCUAGGUAUAGUCGGUUUGAGCCAUGUUUCGGUUAUACAACAAACAUCUAUGUUAUUGCACUUAAUGUCUACGCACAAAGCAGGAAAAGCAUCAGGUUUAGCAAUAGAUCUGGCGUUCAACACUGAGCAACAUGGAAUUAAGCGUGGUUGACUCGGGGCAGUUUUAUUUACUUGUAUAGGUCUCAAAGUGCUGCAAUGCCUAAGAGAUUUUAUAUGACUGUGCUGUCUUGUGCGUGGAGUAAUUCUGACGGGUAUCUUAUUUAGUUGAGUGGUUUUAUGGGUAACAUUGUUAAGGAAGGGACAAACAAACUUGGAUGAAUCGUAGUCACCUGUCAACGCCUGGGCGGUCUGGUGUAAUUCAUCAUCAGGGGUGAAGGGUUCUGAUUUGGGUAACUCAUUGGGAGCUGUAUGGCUGGAGGAUAGAGAUUUGGAUAUUGUGACCAUAUAGGGGUUCUUGGAAUUUCCAUUAAAGGAUUCAAUGCGGGUAAAUUUCUCCAAGGUUCUCGGUAAUAAUAAUUCUGGUGCGGCUGAAAUGGGUUGGUGAAUCGGUGGGAUAAAAAAGAAUCAGGAGAAAAAUCACACAUCUUUUUCAAUCACACAUCGUGGGGAAAAUCACACAUCUUUUUCUUCAGACAGUACUCUCUUUUAUGCAGAAAAGGACAUGGUAUAUUGCACUUCCGUGUUUCAGAUGGUUUUGGGUGUUUAAAGUCGAUGCGGUCGCCUUUAAAACAUCGACCACGGCGUAUUGAGCUGAGGUUACUUUUGUUAGAUUGUUCACUGGCAUGAAAAGCGGCCGCUUUGUCAAUACCUUUGGCUUUGUAAACUGAUGAGCCAGGUUCUUUGUCUUUAUCGACAUUAAGUUAUCUUGAGAAACGACUUUUCAAGAGCCAACAGCCUUGCUUUAAGGAAUUGAUUCUCUUCAUUAAGAGUACAAAUCACAUCGUCUUGCUGUCUUAUAGCGGCUUCCGUUUCUUUCUGUUUAACUCUGAGCAGAUCAAUAUCUAACUCAAGCUCAUUUUUGGAAAUUGCGGCAAAUAAUCGCGAUUCUAAAAUUGUUAUUUCUAGCUUCAAGCCCUCUAGAUCAACAAAGCAGGAACAUUUACAUACUUCCAGUACAUUAGGAUGUACUGUAUCGCCAUCGCCAACAAUCGCUCCAUCAGUACCGUUCUUGCUAUCAGCUUUGUUUCCUUUACUCUUGUUCACCAAGCUCUCAAACUUCUGUGUUAAAAAGUUCUCAGCACUGUCUACUUGAAUCACAAGUUUCUGGGACCGCCAGCCAAACCAUUUAAUAACAAGGUCAGACUUUGUAGCACAAAACAGCUUCGCUUCGCCUCCUGGAGAGCUCCACUUCCCUUUAAGAUUUAAAAUUUCAUCAACAAAGCACUUUAAGUCGGCCAAGGAACCGGUCCAAAGAUAGGUAUCACCAUCGUGUAUCAACAUAUUAAAAUGUGGAUAAGAUUAAAUGUAGAUAAUGAGUAGAAAAAAUAUAAAAUAAGCGGAGCUCACAAAAACACGUCUGACUCACAGUAGGACCAUAUCGGUCAAUGAUAAGAUAUCCUUAGUCUGCUUAUCCUUAGUACUCUUAAGAUAUCCUUAGUCUGCUCUUCUAAACGGAUACAUGGAAUCACCUAUAGCUUAUUUUUAAUUUUUUGGCGCCAGGUUUGUGACAUAAUUUACCCGCCAAAAAGUAGCAGUUCCAAAAUAAAAUAAAAAAAAACAUACGAUUUGUAAGAAUGAUAUGUUCUAUGUUCAUGGGAUACAGUGGCGAAGCCAGCCUGACAAUUUGGUCAUGCUAUGCAAAUAUUUCCGUGUUCAUAGACCGUGAAAACAAUCCAUUUCUAAAGAAAGAAAAGAAUAAUGAUAAUGAUUUAAAAUUUGCAUAGCAUGACCAAAUUGACGAAUUGUCGGGCUGGUUUCGCCAUUGAUGGGAUAUUUAGUACAAACGGGAUGAAAAUUAAAGAAAUUGAAGCAUACUGGCGAUUUUGCAUGCAUUUUUUGACAGGCAUGCAAAGAAAUUUGCAACAGAUGCCAUCAUGCCAGGAGAUGCGCUGGGUGGGGACGAGGUUCUCUAGGGUUCCAGAACAUUACCCUGAUCCAGGAAGACUCCCACUACGCUGAAUGAUGGACAACAACAACCUGUUGAUAAUUUUGCCUCUAGAGCCAAUCUAAAACGGUUUUUUAAAGACGGUGCCAUUUCAUCUGGCGUUGGUUCGAUUCCGGAUUCUGGGGGGGGGGCAUUGAAAAUAUUAAAAACUUGGAGGGGGGUAUCGAAAAUGUACCAAUAUCCUCAACAGGGACCCUGUAAAAUAUGAGCUUUUUUCAAGAUAUGUUUACCCCGCCCCCCUUCGACAUAAUAAAUGUAACCUGGGAACCCAACAGGUUCAACGGAGUUACCUGCGGAGGAGGCAGAACACGAAUUCGUGUUGAGUCUGCACACAGGCUAGGCUAAACAUGUUCAAGGUCUUGUUGAUGGAAAUUAUCGAGUGGAAAUUUAUAUACAUUUUCCACUCGAUAAUUUCCAUCUACAAGAUCCUUCAACAAUUAUUGAUUCGAGUGAGGUGCCAACAAAAUCUCGAUAUUUAGGCUAAACAUGGCCCACAUUCUACUCUGCCGACACCUUUACAAACCUACUUUGAGAGGUAAAAAAUGGAAGAAAUAUGAUGAAAAAUGUUGGCAUCACGUGAUGCUAAUGAAGAAUUAUUUUUUAUUUAGACAAAUAUAUUGAUGUCAAAGUUCUGCCCUCCACUCCAGAUCAUUUUAAUGCUGUUAGAUUUACAACAAAUGGUGCAAUUGAUGAAAAUUUUACUGCUGAUCCUACAGUCAUGUACAGGAACCAAUGGUCAAUCUUAGAGGCGGAGAUGGUUGAUUGCUACAACAAUGUUGUCCGUGAACUGAGUAAUGACUACAACAUUGGUUUACAGUUGUUCAACGAUAAGGGAAAGAUGAUGGAAAUGGAAUACAAACAUGUGGAAUUUCAAAAUAAAAGGCUUCGAGUACAAGUGAAGAUUAAUGAGGCUGGGAAAUAUCAUCUAAUAACUCUGAUCAAUAGGAACAAUCACGAUCAAGUAAUCCGUUUGAAAGAGAUUCAAAUACAAGUCAAUCACGCACCAUUAUACCUGGCCGGAUCGAAAUUCCUUCAUCCCGAAACCUGCGUGGCUGGCAAAGAAAUUCAGUUAGAAAUUCAUCCACUUGAUGUAUUUGGUUGCCCCUUGCCUGCUGACUUGACUACUGAUUGUAAUCUCAACGAAGAUUUUGGAAGUUUACUUUUCGAACUGCAUGAGAGCAAGAAAACCAAAAACGAAUCGAAUGUUGUAAUUUGCGUUCCAAUCGUCCUAAAAAAAGCUGGUCGUAGAAAACUGAGGAUCUAUGACAAGGAUAAUAAAUCAAAAAAGUUAAGCAUUCAAGUUAAUCCUGAUGAAAAUGAUGUGCACUGGGAGCUCACUGCUCCAAAAACUGCUUACAGAAGAGAAAAAUUGAUCUUAACAGUGCGCUUGUUUGAUUGUUUUAAUAAUGAAGUACGAACUGAUGCAUUACAAAGUAUCCCGCAGCUUACAAAGAGAGAUGGGCCUGAUGGAUUGCGUUUUGCAGGAGAAUCCAACAAGAAGGUUGCAAUUCGUUGCUACUUCAAGCGAACAGGGAAAUACGAUCUUUGUUUAGCCAAUCGAGAUGGUACUUGUCUUGAGGGUACCUUUUUCUCAAUCACUGUACAGGAUGCUCCUUUAGAUUAUUACGGUUCAACCAUUGAAUGGAUACCUGAAUAUGAUGAUAUUCCAGAUCAACCUGUGUUCCCCGAAGAUGAAACAUUUCAAUGUUGCUUGAGACUGAAAGACGUACUUGGUUAUGAUUAUGACACAAAAGUAGCAAACGAUUGUAUUAAAGUGAAAUAUGGUAACACCGUGGUGGAAAACAUAGAGGUCUCUUCUUGUCCAAACGAUGUUGGAUCCUACAAUAUUGUGGUUCCAUUGGAGAAUCUUGUGAAAAAUGAUGCAAGCCCGAGAUUUUGGUUCUUUGUAAAUGGCAGGAAAAUUGAAAACUCCUUGAUUUUGCCAACAUUUGAAAGAUUUGAGAAGUAUGAUGAUGAUGAUAGGAACUGUGUUGUACAGUAUAGAAGACAUUCAUUUGUAAAGAUGGUUUGCUGUGGUGUUAAAAGAAACGACAUCAUUGGAAGUGAUAAUGCUCACAUUAAUAAUAUCAAGAGAGUUUGCGAAUUGCAAGACGAUCCCAAAGUUGAAACUUGUCAAGUCGAUGAACCAAUUAGAGCAGAUGACAUUCGUACAGGUACAGUUAUUGAACUUCCACUUGACGAAAUCGAAUACAAAAGGCUGGGACAUCGGAGAAUUGAAUGUCCACCUGAAGAAAUCGCAAACAAAAUACAGAAAUGUCGGAAAAUUUUGUUGCGUCUUGUUUGGGCUACCCAUUAUCGCAAAAAGGCGUUUAAAUUUGAUCAGGCACGAGAAGACUGGAAAGAGAGGGCAAGUGAAAAUUACAGCAGAAUUGAAGAAGGAGAAAAUAUUGAUAAAAACAUUCCUCGUUUUUGCAGCCAAAUCAAAGAAAAAUACGCCAGACGUAUGAGAACAUAUCACGAUGCUGCAUGCGACGAGUUUUUUGAGUUUUUUAAUGCUGAACGUGAUCAGAGUGAGAUUGAUCUUCAUGGAUUGUUGGUUGUAGAUGACAAGAAGCUCCGGGAUUAUGAGCGGCAGCUUCUUCGCAGAUCUAGAGAUCGCAUGAGUUUGGCGCAAGUGCAAAGUGAAAUCGAAAAAGAACGCAAUCAUGGCAAUGAGGCUAUAAGGUAUUUAUUUAUAUACUCUCUUAAUUAAUCUCUAAUUUAUACCGCAGAUAUAUAAUAUAUAUUUGUAAAAUUUGACAUAGUCCCUUGUAGGUUUGAUCCAAUAGUCAUUAAUUAAUUAUAAUUCAUUUGAUUUUGUGGAAAACGCCAGGGGUGUUUAUUCGUAAGCUUAAAAAGACAAACCGGACGCGAUUCGCCAACACGGUGCGAUUUUCCGAUUUUCGUUGACCGAUAACUUUGAUCCUGGUUUAAGUUUUCUAAAUAUUUUGAAGCACUAUACCAUUUUGAGUUGUUUGGUCUACACUUCUUUUAAAAUUUAAUUUCAUUGGCUGUUUUAUUGACUUUCAAAAACUGAAAAAUCGCGCCGCGUUGUCGAAUCCCGUCCGGUGUUCUCGGCCUUCAGUAAAUAGUCUGCCCCAACCACUGGCCCCAACUCUUAUAUUACGAUCUCUACGAUACUUCUUAUUUCCCUUUUCUGUCCAAAGACUGAA